CGUAGGCGAAGUGGAGUGAUGAAGAAGAUCGAGGCAGUCAGACUGGAUUUUGUAUUUCUUGAUAUUACGAGCCCUUUCCAUGCUUGUCUAUUUUGCUCUGGCUGGGAUGCUGAAGCUCUGAAUCUCAGGGUUACUUCUAUAUAUAUAAAUAUAUACUCGAAAAAAUAAAAAGAUGGCGAGCAGUGGCGCCACUGAUAUCUCCUCAUUCGGGUUGGGUACUGAGAAAAGCCGCUGGACGUUGGAUAAUUACUUCAAACCUUUGGUGAAGAGGGAGAAACUCACAGCAGAAGAGGCACUCGAAGAGAGAGCUGACCUCGAAGCAGGUUUUGACCUGAAGCGACAUGCACUAGCGUGUAUGCGUCAUGGUACAACCAAGAUCGAGGACAAAUUGCAACAAGCUGCGGACGACGACGACGCCCAGGGCGAUGAAAGCAGUGGCGACGACGAUAGCGACAGCUGCGAUGCAGCCAAAUGCGACGUCGAUGACAACGAAGGCGAGAGUGCUGGAAGCGGGGACGAUGACGGUGAGAAGGUGGUGGAGGGAAGUGGAAUCGACAACAGCGUUGUGGAUGAGGAUAAUGAGAAAAGCGGAACACAGAAAGCCGCAGACGAGCUUCAGGGAGGUCGACGCAUUAACGGUAAAGACGAGGUCAUGGAAUCCGGAGAUGCCGGUAGGAAAGAAAACGAUCUGGGCGACGAGAUGGACGAGAAUGGAACAUCAGAGGAUGACACUUCAUCUGUGGACAAGAAAGAAAUUUCGGGGAACAGUGAUGGCGCUUUUUCGGACGAAAGUGUGGAGGAUGACACAUCGUCAUCGGAGGACGAAAUCCCGCAGGACGACAGAUCAGACGACGAUCCUUCAGAGGACACAACUUCUUCCGAUGAGAUGAGCGAAGAAGACGAUAUUUGGGACUUUGAACCGACAGGUCCGUCACAUCCUGGACCCAUUGAUGAUCCCACUCUCGGACUUGCCGUCGCACGCAUGUGGGACGACGGACAUCCGGUUCGUUUCGUCGCAGACGAGGAAAUAGACUACGUACAGAGAGAGGCUAUGCUUGAUUCUGAUGACGAAGACGAGGAAGAUGAGCCUUUGGGCUAUGACCUUAUGGAGGGUAGCAAAUAUUAUGUACCGCCAGCAACGAAGGAGAUUCCACUGUCGUUGUGGCGGAAGCUGGCGAUAAGCGGCACCUCUCGCGAGCUUUUCAACGAAGUGGAUAUGCUCAAUCUUGGUCUGAAACAAAGUCGGCUUGACAAAGGUACUAGUACUUUACUACCUCCUUGUCAUAUUGUUUGAAGAUCGCCGCCUAGAAUUUAUGAGUCGACCAGCUUCAAGUUCAAGUUCAAACUUCAAGUAUGCACAUGCGCUUCAUGUUGGGAAAGAAGAGAAAAGUCAAAAUUACUGAAUGAUGUUCCGCGAAUGGGCUCCAAAUACUUCCCACCCUCUCACCUUUCCAGGGCUUGCUCAACUCAAGAGCUAUGUAUAGAUACUUGUAAUCAUCAUCUGUCGCCAGGUUCUGGCUCUAACAUGCGUCAGGAGGAGCGGGAAGAAGAAGAUCGGCAGUGUGCAGAGUUCCUGGAAGGGAUUUUUUUGAAGCGUCCAGUCUCGUCUUGCUCUUCCGAUACGGCUGGUCUGCGGGUGCGGUCCCAAAAACGUUCUGGCGAAACAACAUCUAAGCAGCUGGAUCGAACAAGUAGGCGUCAGCAGGUCAAAGAUGAAUUAGACAGCUUCUCAAGGGACCGUGGUGCUUUGGCAGCGACGCCUGCCACUUCCGCAGCCAUCAAACAAGAAGCAUCUUCUCCGAAGAAAGAACAAUGUUCAGAGAAGAUCUUCACUGGGAAAAUAUCCUCUACAGUGGCCGCCAACGGUGUUGCCUCUUCUUCUUGCAGUGGCAAGUCAGGCUAUCGCUCUUGCAUCAAGCCGCUUUUUCCCGAGCCGGAGACGGAAGAGUCUGACGAUUGUGGAGGAUGUCAAGGAUUCGAAAAGUUUAUGCUCGCCGCAUACAAACGAUUUGCGAGGGCAAAGAGGCAUGAAAACGCGUCCAAGAAAGAACUACUGGAGGAAGAUGAUGGUGACAGCGAUAGUGAUGAAGCAGAUGCAGAUGUGCCCCAUCUGAUUUCGGCACAGAGUACUCAGUCGCAUGCAACGUCCUUCGCGUGUUCGGCUUCGUCAUCAAAGUUUGGCCGCACAAAAGUAGCACCUCAACCAGAAUCAAACACGCCACAGCUGAACGAGCAAUUACAACCACAGAGAGAGUCACGACAGGGCUCCCCCCGAACGAAAAUCGUGAGAACCGACGCGCAAUAUGCCAGUGCGACAGAAAGCAGAAAAGUGACCGUGUCAACGCAGCUGGAGAUGAUGCUUGGUGGUGGUGGAGAGGCUCGUGAAGUGGGCGAGGAGGUGAGGACUAUUAAAUUGAUCCAGAUUUUAAUUUUUACAUGCGUGUGGCUGUGGCAUUGAAUUCGUGUAGGAACUUGAACUACUUCCGUAUAUUUAUAUGAACAAGGUUAACAAUAUCGGUCGUUGAUUGAGAGCUGAGUAUCAGUGUUUAUCUAGUAGUUUGAAUACUCAUCGCUCGCAUCAUCUAUCAUCCCGCGGGUGUGUCCCAAAGCAGGCUCUGCUGAUAUUUUCUUCUUCCCCCUGGGAAAACGAAAAUGAAAAACCAAAAAGAUUAAGAUAAUUUCCUCCCUUUUCCAUCUUAUGGCAAAAUCAAUUUUUCAUUGAUGCUAAAAUGAUCCUGGCUUCAGGUCUCUGCUCCAUCCGAUGGAGUGGCUUCUGGCGGACCAACAAGAAGCAAUCGAGAUCGAGAUCUUCUUGGGCUUGGAACUAUAGAUGAGCGCAAUUCUAAGACCAUAAUGAGCCAAUUUCUGACGGAUCAGAUGGAGAAAUGCCGCGCAUGGCAUCGCGAUUCACGAAAUGUGCACACGCCAGCUCGGUCCUGCUGUUUGUCCAAUUCGUUUGCUUCGGGCGCUGAUUAUAGUCGCGGCCUAGAAUUGACGGGGCGAAAAGAGUUUCCUGGCUGUUUUCUGCUGUUGACACCGCAGAACACGCGCAUGCUGUGUACGGUACUUUCAUUCUUCAGCCAUGACUUUGGCUCCUUCUUUUCAACAUUUGUAGUGGAGUUUUGUGCUUUCCAGGGAUUCUUCAUGGAAUUGUUCGAGAAAUAGAAAACGACUCAACAUACGAAAAUUUAUAUUUGUAGUUGAUUUAUUUAUAAUGAUCGUGAUGAUCUUUUCCGGCGCAAGCGCGACCGUCACUACCAACUAGAAAUUCCUCACUUCUCAGUUUCUGAAGGAUAAUCUCGUGGAAGGGAUUGGAAGCAUAUUGCUGGGUGUUGAGCCCGCGAACGAACUGCAAGCGACGCUUCUACGUGUUCGCCAAAAACUACUCACAGAUGGCUACUUGUACCCAGAAAACCUCAAGCCGAUUUGUCAGACGAGGCCCAUGACUGUGAAAGGAGACCUAUCCGAUGGGCGCAAACGCAGUGCUGUGCGCAGAGAUGAAACUGAAGCAGAGCCACAGGGCUCCUGCGCGAUAUCGUACUGAUCUUGUACUUGUCCAGAGAGUGAAAAUAAGCUUUAUUUCUAUGUAGGACACACAGGUAGAAGAAAGACGCGUAUGGUUUCUUGUCGACGUUGUUUGGCAACCUUAGUUUUUGGUCUUCGAUCUAAUCCAUUCGUUGUCCGUGCGAACGAUAUGCACAAACUACGCAGGCAGAAAGUUGCCCGUCUUCAACCACAUGUGGAUGAUCCCGCUGCCCUCCGAAAGGCUUCAGCUUUGUUAUUGCGGAAAAAAGCAGGCCACGCGAGUGCCUCACUUCUUUCCAGUAUUUCCUUUUCAAUCGGAUGCACAGUUGUCGACGCUUUCAUAUUCAUUCUUGCGCAUGUGUGAAAUAGUUUUCCGAAUCAUGUUAGCAGCAAGAAAAUCGUGUAUCUAUGAGAUGAUCAUGAGAAUGAUGUCGAAAACAUAUAUUUAGUAAAUUGAGAAAGAAGAUUUGCAUUUAUUGAGUAACCACAACUCCUCUUCAGCUUCAGGAGACUAACAAAACUACACAGGUGACACCGACGCGUCGCUCUAUUCUGAUGAUGGCGAUUCGUCUGCUUCCGAAGAUGGUCAACAGGGUCCUGGUCCAUCGGAUCCGCGAGAUGCGCUUCCGAGUGUGCCGCCUGCAGUUGAUAGUGAUUCGAGUGGCAGUGACAGUGACGACAGUGAAGCGUCGUUCUCCGAAGAUAGUGACGAAGAUCCCUUGGAGACCGCCGAAGCCCAAGGUGUCAGCUACUUCGUUAACGAUAAUGGUAAAAGUCGUGAUGCGGAUAAUCCCGAAGAAGAUCAUGGGGCGGAAGAUGCAUGCGACGCCGACAGCGAAGAACAUGAUGAGAAUGACGACAAUGAAGCCAUGCCGUUUCUGGAAGAGAAGGAUCCGGAGCGGACUUUUCAUUGUCAGUGGAGUUCCAGCAAGAAACGCGGCACGAAUAAUAACGCACGUUUCUAUAUCGAUGAAUACGAAGAAGCCGUGCAACUGCUGAAGGAUGGAAGACUCUCGGAACACGACGCACAAGAAGCUGCGCGAUUGGACGCAUGUGGUAAUAAUAAAAUGAUAUAGCGAUGUAAUAAAACUUAGUACUAUAACAUCAAGAAGUACCUUUUCAUCUUGUCCUUGUGUAUGCUCUCGCUCAGCAUAAUUCGAAUGUGAGAAGAGAUACGUUCGACAUCUGGAUCUGGUUCUGAAUGUUAAGGCACCAGGUAGAGUCGAUCCUCCACUCGACUUUCUCCUUCACAAUUGUUCAUAGCUGGAGCACUCGUCAAGCAUGGUUCUUGUUCUUGAGUGAACGACUCUCUUCUUCCAGUGAUUGAUGUCAUGGGCAAGGGCAUGCCUAUUGGGUAGAAGCUGUUUGCUUCCACCUUCUUUCCCGACUCUUUUUGUGAUCGUGUUGUGUCCUAGAGCGACUCUUGACGACUGUAUGUCCAAGUAUAGAAGGGAGAUGAGUUGCUAUCCACUUACUAGUUGUUAAACCCCACCUCCAGACAAAAAUAACACAGCGCAUCUCGUCAAGCACGAGAAACCAUUCCGGAUAUGACGAUGGCCUAAGUUAUCUCCCUCUUGUUUUCCUUCAAGUGGCUUGUGCGGCCUUCUGUGCAAUGAAGUUUGAGUUUUGCAUAUGCAAUAUCCCAUUUGAUGAUCUAGUCAUCAUACAGGUACCCGCCUGCGUUUUCUGCUUCCACUUCCAGUGAUGUUUUUUGUAGUUUUCUCGCUCCAACUCCACCUCCUUGGAGAUCAUUAACUCUAUGUAAAAAUUGUGUAGAGAGCUUCUCAUUCUCUACGUAUGACAAAACUCCCAGGUAGUUGAUAGAUGGCAGAAAGACUUUGAUGACCUUGAAGAUGCUGAUUAUUUUCUCUUGGAGGUUGUUUCUUCGUGGUCAUCAAUUUAGAUCAUCCAAUAUCCACUUCCAGUGUUCCGGAAUGCCCUCGACCAGAUGCCGGGAGUAGGAAAAGAGGAAGCCAAUAGUGGUCAGGAUAAUAUCAGUUGGCAGGAUAAUUACCAACGCUGGAUGUUGGGCUCCACGGUGGGUGGAGGUGAUGGCGAUGCUUCCUGCCACGAAAAAGAAUGCUUUCCCGCAGCUGAGUAUGCCGACGAACUGCAAGUCGCUCUAGACGCGGCCAUCGAGGUCGCUGAAGUGGAUGCGCAGGAGGAAGAAAAGGCGCGAGGUGAAGAAGACGCUAUGGAUUACGAGAGCGAUGACGAUGAAUCUGACGCGGCGGAUGACGACGUGGAUCCGUUUGAGCGUCAGCUCCAUGAACUCGCAAAGGAGAACCGUGCAUCUGUGGAAGUCGCACAGGCAAUGCUGUUGCCGAAGGUCUCACGUUUCGACGAAACUAUCGAUAAAGCACUGGCAAAAGGUAAGUACUAUAGAAGUUUCUUCGUCUCCGUUUGAGUGUUCGUAUGAGGAUAGGGAAGGUACAUGGUGCACUUGAUCAUUUCGGAAGAAGAUAGUGUUUUCAUAAUCUGCAAACUACAACGUCGUUGACAAUGACUAAAGCCAUUUCUUCUCAUUCUCUUGACUAACUUCUCUUUUCUAAAAGAGCAAAGUUGUACAGGUCGCGUAGCGGGUCACGGUCAGGGUCGGGGAGAUGAUGCGAAGGCUUCCAGUCGAUCGAACAAGCCUUGAUGGAUGACUUAGCUAAACCAUUCUUUUUAUGUAUGACAGUCUCAUCAAGAUUAAGAACCACGCUAGACUUCAACUAGUAGAUCGUCGUAUAAAACUGACACGUAGAAGGUUUUGGUAAGAACUCGAUUACAUUUUGUAUCAGGAAGUCCAUCUCCAUGUUGAGAAUCACAGUUUUCGUUUUUCUUUGUUUGGUAGUGUGACGAAUAUGUGACCGAAUCCUCUAUCUGGUGAUACUUCUUGACAUCUAAUUAUGCAUCAAAAUCAAACCUGUGUGGGCACCAGAUGCACUCCUAAACCUACACUUUUUCCAAGAAAUUCUAUUUAAAUGGGUCCCUUCUGUAUAAAGGAGUAAAAGUAUCAUGUUUUUAUAAAAUGUGAAAUAUCAUCUUCAUCUAGAGUCAUGGUCAUGUGAUGGCUACUAUUCUAGAAGUGACGUAGCACUAUCACUAUCUUUUUACUAUCUUCAUCGGGAGAAAUACAAAUAGAAACCGACGACCGAAGUAGUCGUUGAAUUAUGACGUGAAUACCACGACGUAGCUCCAUUUUGGUAUGAUUUGUUUCCAUCUUGGACUUGGAGAUCAUCAUAAUAGGGUUUAGGGGGUCAGUCCGGAUGAAAAGAAUCUAUCAGAGGGUCACUUUUGUUGUGAUUGUUGUGAUGGUCGCAGUACCACGUUGAAUUUUUAUAGCAGAAAAAAAUCAUCGUCAAGACCACGGCCAUGGCUCUCAAUAUCAACAUCGGAACUGAAAUUGGUUUUCAAAACCGUGAUCGUGAGCACAAUGAAGCCUGUUGUCCCCUCAUCACGUUGUAGUUGUCCUGUGACGGUAUCAACAGCAUGAUAUUCGUGCGAUCGCACUACAUUUUUAUCAUUAAAGUUAGUAUUUGACUCCGUAGGCGUAGUACUACAGCUGUUUUUUUUAUUUUUGCUCACAGACAGCCACAGAAGCAGCACAGAAACAUGAGACAGACACGUCGGAAGAUGAUACUGGCCGGAAAGGCAACACUGAUUUGAGUACUCAACAUCAAGAAGAACGAUUCUUAAGCAAGAAAUAUGAUCAGAACCACUUGGCUACGUCCUCUUGAUGCAUCCGCAUAUACAUAGAUCUAGUACCAUUUUUUCCUUCAUGCUUCCUCGCGUUCGAAAAUAUUGCUGCUCGGGCGUCUUCAAGAUUGAAUGCGAAAUGUUGGAUACAGGUGAAGCCUCGCUCAUAACACCUUGCACCUAAUCGAUCCUACAACAGCUAGUGGCAAUUAUCCAGUAGUGUCGGAUAGAAAACAGACGUAAUUUUAAGAAACACCAUCUAUGUAUUUCCAUUUUUUCUCUCCAUACUGAUCAAUGAUAAGAAAGUAAGCCAUACUACUAGCCUAGUAUAUGUAGCAUAAGUUCGCUGUUGUAGUGAUUGGUAUUAAAGUAACUCUGUCGUUUUUGCGUUUUUUUUGCUGAGAUAUUGACUCACCGAACAUGUUUCCACAUCUUCCAUAUCCUGUUCCUACUGUAUGUUGAUGUUUUGUAGUGACGAACCAAAUCUCGUCUCGUCUGCGUGCAUCAGCAGUUCAGGGUUUGACUUGAGCAGUUUAGUACAGAUACCACAAAGAACAAGUAUCGACUAGGAAUGCAGAAAACACAUUGGAGAAGUAGGAGGGCGAAGAAUAGUACAUAGAAUGAUAAUCAGGAGGUCUCUUUGUUUUUACUAGAUGGGGUCAUGAUGGUGCCACUACCAGGAAUCUGGAUACGAUUCAUACUUUUGGUCUUCACGAGAUAUAUUUCUUCUUUUUAAAGAUGGGACUUCGACUUCCGAGAAACCGAGAAAGAGACUUCAACUGGAAUGAUUGUGUACCAUCUACUUUUUCUCAGUUUUCCAGGAGAGCUAGCAGAAAGAAUAACAUAGAUGUUGAGCAGGGUCUUGUCCCACUAUCUGCACACUUGAUGUUACAGUGGACGAGUUGUCGG